AUGAAUUGCUCAAGUUUCCGCCGAUGGCUUCAUUCACAUUGGUCUUUACCCCGCUUCUUCAUCAAAGCACUCAAUUCCUUCAAUGGCUUUCGGCUCAUGUGCAUCAUGUAUAGGCAACGCCAGGGCCAUUCGAACGUGCGUAUGGCAGGGGGAGGGAGCAGCGCGGUGAAUCGCAGUACGAUUCUCUUUUUCCUAUCCCUCCCCCCACCAUGGCAACUGCUCUCGGAUCACAUUGCCCACGCACUGGCGGUUCGCGCUUUGCAUAUCGGGAGAGCAUGGUGCGGGCGCCCAUAUAUCAGAAAGUUUCCGGAAGGUGAUAUGAUCUGUCAAGGAAGCACCCCAGCAGACUUUGUUAUGUUGAUUCAUUUCGUUGCGGGAGAGCUUAACGGCAUCGUCUAUCUGUGUGGGAUAUUUGCCAAGUGGGAGCUGAGUCGUACAGAUAGAUUCGCAGCAGCGACCCCCAUGGUCCUCUUACACGAAAGGGGACGGAAACGCACCUUUGCAGAUCAUUCUUUCCAGAAAAACGUGGUCUGUCGCUCUCUGUCUUUCUCUCCCCACUGCACGCGUUCAACGAAACCCCGUUGCAUUUCGUCUGCCCAUCCCGCAGCCCGCUCAUCAAUGUCGAUCCGGCAGCAGCCAGCCACCGGCCGCCGAGAAAUAAAGCGGGCUAUCGCCCUCCGCUCUUGCCCCUCCCUUGCCCUCACCUGCGAGUCCCUCUUCUCGUUCUUCUUCCCCUCCAAGCGCAAGACUGCGCAGUAG